CGCGCGGCGGGGGCGGUGGCGGGGCCGCCAUGGCGGAGGCGGCGCGGCCGCGGGCGCUGUUCCUGGCCGGGCUCGCCGCCGUCUAUGUGGCCGCUUUCGGCUCCCUCUACGUGCAGAUCCCCGGCCUGUAUGGAAGGGAGGGGAUCCUGCCGGCCCGCAAGGUGCUGCGGCUCAGCGGGAAGGGGCUGUGGGAGCAGCUCCGGGAUUCCCCCACCCUGCUGUGGCUCAGCCCGCGGCUGGGGCUGGACACGGAGCAGGGCAUGGAGCUGCUGUGCCUCGUGGGGAUCCUGGCGUCCUUCGGAGCCCUGGUGUGCGAUUCCAUGCGGGAUUGCCUGGUCUUCGCCCUGCUCCGGGUGCUCUACCUGUCCCUCUACCAGGUGGGACAAGUCUUCCUGUACUUCCAGUGGGACAGCCUGCUGCUGGAAACAGGGUUCCUGGCCGUGCUCGUGGCCCCCCUGCGCCUGCUGAGGCGGGGGUCCCCCUCCUGGAGACCCCACGACCCCGUCACCUUCUGGGGGGUGCGGUGGCUCCUCUUCCGCCUCAUGUUCGCCUCGGGGGUCGUGAAGCUGAGCAGCCGCUGCCCCACCUGGUGGGGGCUCACAGCGCUGACCUACCACUACGAGACGCAGUGCAUCCCCACGCCGGGGGCCUGGCUCGCCCACCAGCUGCCCGUGUGGUUCCAGAAGCUCAGCGUGGUGGCCACCUACGUCAUCGAGGUGGCCGUGCCCGUGCUCUUCUUCGCGCCCCUGCGCCACCUGCGCCUCUUCGCCUUCUACUGCCAGGUCCUGCUGCAGGUGCUCAUCAUCCUCACGGGUAACUACAACUUCUUCAACGCGCUCACCGUCGUCCUGGCCUUCUCCCUGCUGGACGAGGAGCACGUGGGGCGCUGGCUGGGGCGCCCCAAGAAGCGGCAGGGCAGCGCCUGGCCCCCCAGCCUGGGCUCUGUGCUGGCCACGCUGCUGGAGCUCAGCACCUACGGGCUCCUGCUCUACUGGACUGUCCAGUACUUCGGCCUGGAGAUCAACUGGGACAAGAAGCUGCUGGACUCCAAAGUGGCCUUCACCUACCACGAGUUCACGACGUGGCUGCGGACGGUGACGCUGCCGCUGGUGGGGGUGGCCUUCCUGUCCCUGUUCUGGGAGAUCCUGGUGGCCAUGUACCGCUGUGCCUGUGUCCGUGGAUGCUUCUGGAAGCUCUGGGCCACCCUACAGUGGGCCAUCAUGGCCACAGCCACUGUCAGCUUGUUCGCCGUCAGCCUGGUGCCCUUCACCUACAUUGACCACGAGUCCAACGGGAAGCUGUGGCCUGGCAUCCACCAGCUGUUCGGGGCCGUGGAGCGCUUCCAGGUGGUGAAUUCCUACGGGCUGUUCCGCAGGAUGACAGGGGUCGGGGGGCGGCCCGAGGUGGUGCUGGAGGGCAGCUACGACGGGCACAGCUGGACGGAGAUCGAGUUCAUGUACAAGCCCGGGAACGUGAGCGCAGCCCCGGCCGUGGUGGCCCCGCACCAGCCCCGCCUGGACUGGCAGCUCUGGUUCGCUGCCCUGGGGCAGCACCACGGCAGCCCCUGGUUCACCGCCCUGGUGCUGCGGCUGCUGCAGGGCCAGCGUGAUGUGAUCCGGCUGGUGCAGGUGGACGAGUCGCGGUACCCGUUCAGCGCCCGGCCGCCCACCUUCCUGCGGGCCCAGCUCUACAAGUACUGGUUCACGGGCCCCUCGGAGGGCAGCCCGGGCCCGGCGCCGUGGUGGCGGCGGCAGCACGUCCAGGAGUUCUUCCCCACCGUGUCCCUGGGAGACCCCACGCUGGAGAGCCUGCUCAGCCAGCACGGCCUCAAGGACAAGCCCCCUCUGCGGCGCCGCUCGGACGCGGCCCUGCCGUGGCUCUUGGGGUGGCUGCGGGGGCUGUCCCGGCCCUUCUCCGGCCCCGCCGUGCUCUGGACCCUGUACCUGGUGGCCGCCACCGUGGGGGUGCUGCGGGCCCUGGGCCCCCGGGCACGGGGGCCGCCCCUGCCCGCCACAAGGCCCGGGGGAGCGGGGGAGCGCAACGGGGUGCGGGGAGAGGGGCGGGGGCGGGCGGGGGGCGAGGGCCACGGGGAGGGGCGGCAGGGGAGGGGCGGCCUGGCCCCAAGAAGAAGAAGUAGCUCCCGCAGCCCCCCACCCGUGUUCCAGCCCCGGGGGGGUUCCUGGGGUGGGGGCGUGUCAGGUGGGCCCUACCCCGGGGGGAUCACGGUGUUCCCCCCCAGUGCCUUCAGCACGCCCCAAGCCCAGAAGUCCAGAGGUUUCCUAUAA